AUUUAAUCUUUCAAAGCCACAAUUUUUUAUUAUAAUUAAUUUCUAAGUAGUUACUAUCUAAUAAUUAUUUUCUUAUCACAUCACAACCAACUUGAUUGAUAAAAUUUUGAUUAAUCAUUUUAGGUGUAAGGUAGAUACUCCUAUUACAUUACUUACCUUAUAUUACUAGUUUCGUUAAUAUUUGUACAAAUCAAGAUGGUUAUAGCCAAAGUUUACAAAUAUCUAUAUAAGUUUCGAGGAUUUCCGAAAUUUUCUGAUUUAAAAUUGGUAGAAGAGGAAUUACCAGAAAUUGAAAAUGGCGAAUUUUUAGCAGAAGCCGUAUAUCUUAGUGUGGAUCCAUACAUGAGAGCCUAUGCACCAAACUUACCCAUCGGUUCAACUAUGAUUGGUUCACAAGUUGCUAAGAUUACAGAAAGCAAAAAUCCUGACUACCCAGUGGGUAAAUACGUUGUAGCACAUUUUGGAUGGAGAACACAUACGAUCUCAAAGGGAAAGGAAGAGGGAGCUGUUUUUCAACCUCUAAUUCUACCUGAUUUUGAAGGCUUGCCAAUUUCCUAUGGUAUUGGGAUUUUAGGAUUAGUAGGAAAUACCGCCUAUUUUGGUUUACUAGAUAUCUGUAAGCCUAAGGAAGGAGAAACAGUAGUCGUUUCUGGUGCAGCAGGAGGUGUAGGUUCAAUAGUAGGACAAAUUGCAAAAAUUCAUGGUUGUAAGGUUAUAGGAAUCGCAGGAUCAGAUGAAAAGGGUAAAUGGUUGACGGAAGAGCUUGGUUUCGAUCAUUUUAUUAAUUACAAAACUGACGAUGUUGAAAAGGCUUUAAAAGCCGCAGCACCCAAUGGGGUUGACUGUUAUUUUGAUAAUGUUGGUGGGGAUAUCAGCUCAACUGUCAUCUAUCAGAUGAAUCAUUUCGGACGUAUUUCUGUUUGUGGAUCUAUUUCGUCUUACAAUAAUAUAAAUGAAGCUGAAGAUAUUCUUAUUCAGUUCCCUCUAGUCUUCAAACAGCUGAGGAUGGAAGGUUUUAACGUUUCUAGAUGGGCCGGUGAUAGAUAUAUAGAAGGAAUAAAACAGAAUCUUCAGUGGAUCAAAGAAGGAAAAUUGAAGUGUCGAGAAACUGUGACAAACGGAUUUGAAAAUAUGUUCGAUGCAUUUACAGAAAUGCUUAAGGGGAAGAACGUUGGCAAAGCUGUUGUUAAAGUCUAGAUAGAAUAAAUUGUUAAGCUUGUUUUGUGCUUUAUUUUACAGAGGUAGUAGAACCAAAUAUAUUGAAUUUUGGGAAUCUGUUAGAACGAAAUUAAAAAAUAUUGAUUCAUCCACUUAUAGAAAAGUUAUCACCGAAUAUAUCCUUUCUUAACAAUUUUUUGUUGUUAAAAAGCCCAUAAUUACGUUUUUAAUAAACAUAAACACUACAUACGACAAUUAUUUUCCAAAGUAUUAUCAUUUAAAAUAAAAAUGAAUAAUAUUUAUAGAUAAUAAAUCAUUAGAUGUUAUAAAAUUUAAAUAAAAUGUGUUGCUCAUGGUUAAAGGAAUUAGUUAUUGGGUUUUUUGACUGUAUUUUCCUUUGUCUAAAAGGGCUAUUUUAUCAUGUCAUCCCUAACAUACUUGAGAUAUUUAGGGUUUGUCGCUGAAGAUGAAGAAAUUUAG